AAAUUUGACAGUCGAGCACUCACACAAUGGCGACUACGGCUAUACGUAUUACUGUGUCUUGCGCGUUGAUGCUGCUGUUGGAAUUUGCAACGUCUAGCCCUCUCUUCCUCCAAGAGGGCUCCGCCUGCCCCUCGGGCAGCUGCCUCCGAGUGCGCCACUGCCCGGCUGCCCUGCUCGCCAUCCGCCAGCGCCGGCCCCUGCCCCCGCGCUGCGGCUUCUCCGGCCUGGAGGAGGUCGUCUGCUGCCCGGAGGCGGUGGCGGAGGCGGGGGCGGAGGCGGCCGCCGGAGACUCCAACGACAUCCCCAGCGGCGACGCCUGGGCCUUCCCUGCGGCAGAGCGGCGGCCCAGCGAGGCAGCGUGCAGUUCUUACAAGGAUAUGCGGGAUGGUCUGGAAGACUACAUUCUGCGUGGGAAACUGGCUGGUCCGCACGAAUUUCCACAUAUGGCGGCGCUGGGUUUCAACGUGCCCAACACGGAGGGCCUCAGCUGGCUGUGCGGAGGGACCCUCGUCAGCGACCAGUUCGUCCUCACCGCGGCCCACUGCUGCGCCAACAGGGUCACGGGAAGGCCAGUCAAGGUACGCCUGGGAGUGAACAACCUCACGGCGACACCAGACGGCGCAGACUACGGGAUCUCGGAAAUCGUGCUGCACCCCAGGUACAGGAAGCGGCAGUCCUACGGCGACAUAGCGCUGCUGAGGCUGGACAGGAGGGUGGAGUUCAGCGACGCCGUCUUCCCCGCCUGUCUCAACACGCAGGACGGAGACCCGCCGAGCUUCACUGCCGCCGGCUGGGGAGCCACGAACGCUGCCGGAACGCGACUGAGCUCUGUGCUUCUGAAGACCACCAUCUAUCCACGUGCGUUAUCGCAAUGCCAAAAUGCCUACAAGGAGAAAUUUCCACAAGGAAUGGACUCGUCUGUGAUCUGUGCCGGAGACCCACAGGGGAAGACUGACACCUGUGUUGGCGACUCCGGCGCCCCUCUGGUGACUGGCCGCUCCGCCCCCUACACGGCGGUGGGCGUCACCAGCGUCGGCCCCAUGCCCUGCGGCGGCGCCCUGCCCGGCGUCUACACGCGCGUCUCCACACACCUCGGCUGGCUGGAGGGACGCGUCUGGCCCUAGCCACAGGCCCUCCCUAGCGUCGCCGCUGCGCUCGUGCCCAAAGGGAGGCCCGGAGCUCCAACUCGUCUGCACUUCGUAGCCUGUGUAGUACAGGGUACCUGCCAAUCUGUGAUACGUUACAUGUGAUGUAACACGAUUUACUUAUACUACUUCCGCCCCAGUAGCUCAGUGGUCAGCGCGGCCGUCUGUCACGCAAUGGGGCCCGGGUUCGAUUCCUGGAUGGGUCGGAGAUUUUCUCCUCUCAGGGACUGGGUGUUGUGUUGUCCUUACUAUCAUUUCACCAACAACAGUGGAAGGCAGCGGGAAACCGCCACUGGAAUCACUUCCCUAGACGCUCAUGCGAUGUACCUCUCUAACGAGGCUUCCUCCAUGACAUGACCUGCCGUUUUUUUAUUGAUAGUGCGUUACUUGUUAGUUGAAAAUUGUGUUUCAGAAAGUCUGUUGUGUAAUACUGUAUUGACAACAAGUAGAAUGUUCUGCAAAAACUAUGUUGAAUUGCCACUCGAUUGACGCUUACUUUUAUAUCUCACUACAACUCUCUUGCGUUUUUGCCAUUUUUUAUGCUGAGGGUAUCAUUCACUGAAGUAACUCGCUAGCACAGUUUGAUAGUUCAUCAGAUUUGUGACAAGUGUAUCGAAGUAAAAUGCCACAGACUUUCUCGUACACAUAAAUUCAAAGCUGACACAAAGAGUAUCGUGCACGUUGUACAUAAAGGUCCGACAGUUAGACAGUAUAUCGCUUAGAGGUAUAACAAUGCCAAGCAUUUAUAUGAAAUUGUUAUUUAUUGUAUAAAACCUGUGAUAUAAUUAAAUAUGUGCUAAUAUUUUAAUGAGCUUAAGAAACAAACGAUGCUUCACUACUUGCCAAUCUCAUGAUUUCUGCAAUGGAAAUCAGGAAACUGCUCUUCGAAAGAGUUAAACACUGUUUUAUUUUAACUCCCCUGUGGUAAUAAUUUAUUAUGUUUCAUUUUUAUAUUUUUGUGCCAAAAUAUCAUCACCACCAUCUACUGUGAUACUACGUGA